UUCUCAUACUUUUCUUCAUUGGAAUGUUCAAUGUUGACUUGGUACAUAAUUGGUCUUAUUUAGAACUAUUUUAAACUGUGUUUUUAAGAAACUGCGUUUAUGUGCAAAAUUAUAGAUUUCUUAGAUUAUUGUAAAGUUCCCGUUACUAGAAUGAGAUCACGAAAAGUUUGCGCGUAAAUUAAUGUGUUUACGAUUCUUGCAAUGUGCAUUGGAUCUUAUCAAACAAUAUUGGUCUUCAAAUAAUGUUUUUUCAGCAAUGACAAAAACAUAAAACAUAUCAAUACAUUACUCAAAUGCAUCACACUAUUUUGAAGAACAUGUAACUGUUUGUGAUUGAACCAUAGUUAUUAGAGGUAUUUUAUUUCUGUCUUGGUAUAUUGUCUGAUGGAGUCUGAUAAUAAUAACAUCACAAGUAAGAAUAAGUCUAAAGGGAAUUUAAAGAAAAAUGAAAAGAAAAAGAAAAUGAAGAAAAUAAAGGAUGCAGAUCUGAAAAAAGAUAAUUCAACCAAUGAAGAUAGUGUCUUCAAUAAGAGUGGGUCUCCGAGUUCUACAGAUAGUGAAGAUCUAGUCAAUGCAAUUAAUUACAACACCAUCACAUCUUUAGCAGCUUUAAAAGAUAUAAUUCAAGGUGAUAGUAAUGAUACUCCAGAAACUGAUAGUUUUUUUCAACACUAUUUUAUGAAUCACUGUAAUAAUCUCUCAAGUCGUACUUCUAAUUCGCCUUUUCCGUACACUGAGAGACGGCGUUUGUCACAGUGCCGAGAAGAGGAUGAAGAUGAUUACAGAAAAGAUAACUCAUCAUCUAACUCUCCAUCAAAAGCAUAUGACGUUAAAAAUGUUAGUCAGAAAAAUAAAUCACCCAAGACACACCAAGAAUUGAAGGGCAGUAAAAAAAUUCACGAAGACAAACCCAUAGAUGAUGAGUUGUCUGAGCGAACUGUAAUGGGUGCAAAGCAUAAAUUCUUGGUUACCACGGCAGAACCUCCACAUCAAAGAGUAGAGCGUGCAUUGAGAAUGCAUGUCAACAAUGCUCAUACUGUUCAUUUUGGUACCAAAGGUGCAGAAGAGUUAAGGCCUAGUGUUCGAUCAAUAUUCACUGGUGAGAAUCUUCAUCGUGACAAAAACUAUUUUGACAGUAGUUUAAUAGAAAUUAGAUCUACUGUUGAUGGUGUACUGACAAGUUCUGAAGAUAUUUGGAUUAAGAGAACAAAUGAAAAACCAGUAAUUUCCCCUAAAGAAGGAAAAAUUACUGUUGAUAAAAAAGCUAAAGCAGAAAUGCCAGAGCGGGACCAAGUUGAACCAAUCCGAGCCCGUUCUGGAACCUGGGGUUCCCAAUCUCGUAAAGAAAAAGAUAUCAAAGUCAUUGAUGUUAAAAAAAUUAAAGAUAUACAAAAAAACAAUGAUGACAGAAGAAACAAAAGAGACCAAAGAUUGGAUGCCGCCAUUACAAGAAGUACUCAAUCUGUUGGUGAAAGAAAAAGGCGAGGCUCGGCUGAUGAUGCUCAUCAGCUAUAUCAGCAGACAAUUCAUGGAACCUCCGGGGUGAGCAGGAGACCAGCUUUGUUUGAUAUGUUCAAAUCUCGACCCCGCGGUGAUAAUAAGAAACAGCCAACUAUAAUACAGCAGUUUAAAGCCGCAAUGCAGAACAUAACAAAGGCGAAAGAAGGAGAGAAAUUAGAAGUUUCAAAACCCGAGAGCAAAACUGAUGGCGCCUCUUGUUCGAGUCAAGCUAGCAAAGUCAAAGAUGGUUCUGCGCAUCCGCAUCCUAGUAGCGACGCUAAAUACUAUCACACAGUAACGGUGCCAGCCUCGCGUCGUCCCAGCGCGAUAAGCAAAGUGAUUGAAAUGUUCCGCGGUAGACAGUCAGUUCCAACACAUUCUGGCUCGUUUGACGCGGAUAAACGGCGAACGAGAGCGGGAAAUCAGUCUCAUCACCACGCAGUAGGUCACUGGCGCCACGAUCGGGGUGAAGGUCGACGGGGGUCAUGCGCUGUCCCCACGACCACAAAUAUUGAAGAUGUUGAAUCCACGAAAUACCGAUCUCGGUCGAAAUCUUUGGAUGCUCACUUCAUACACAAGCUUCCUGGUCAUUCGAUUCUAGACGAUUGCGGCGCUACAUAUGCAAUAUUUGAUGAAAUUGUAAGACAAGGUCAUUUACGAAGGACCACUUCGCAAGAAGCAGAAAAGCGUCGGUCGUCACUAGGCAACGUACCUCCGGCGAGACAUCGAGCGUCAGAUGCUUCAUUGGAUCCACAUCACGCUGCCAUAUUAUUCCGUAAUGCCAGAGGACUGCCAGUGGUGGAUCCCUUCAUACAGAAAGCUAACUUGUCUGAUCUUGAAGAGGACGAGUCGCAGAUAUUCGUUAAAUUUUUCAAAUUCCACAAAUGCUACGAUCUCAUCCCGACAUCGGCUAAGCUGGUGGUCUUCGACACACAAUUGCUCGUCAAGAAGGCAUUUUUUGCACUUGUGUAUAACGGUGUUCGUGCCGCCCCGUUAUGGGAUUCCCAAAGACAAGAGUAUGUGGGUAUGCUCACAAUAACGGACUUUAUAAAGAUCCUGCAAAUGUACUACACCAGUGCAGACGUCGCUAUGGACGAGCUGGAAGAACAUCGACUUGAGACCUGGAGACAUGUACUCAAGGGAUCGGUAGUGCCGCUCGUAUCGAUUGGGCCAGAUUCUUCCUUGUACGAAGCCAUUAGGAUACUGAUCACCAACAGGAUUCAUCGAUUGCCCGUCAUUGACCCAGAGACUGGCAAUGUACUCUACAUACUCACACACAAGAGAAUACUUAGGUUUCUCUUUUUAUAUAUAAAUGAAUUGCCAAAACCCAAAUAUUUACAAAAUAAGCUACGAGACCUGAAAAUUGGAACGCUUAAUAAUAUUGAAACAGCCACAGAGGAUACUUCUAUUAUUGAAGCCUUAAGGAAAUUCGUCAACCGUCGGGUUUCAGCAUUACCCAUUAUUGAUACUGAGGGCCGGCUGAAAGAUAUUUACGCCAAGUUUGAUGUCAUUAACUUGGCUGCUGAGAAAACGUAUAAUAACCUGGAUGUGACGUUAAAAAAAGCAAAUGAACAUCGCAACGAGUGGUUUGAAGGAGUUCAAAAGUGUAAUCUGGACGAGACCCUCUAUGAGGUCAUGGAAAGGAUUGUUCGUGCAGAGGUGCAUCGUCUGGUCGUGGUAAACGAAGAAGAUAAAGUAACUGGCAUCAUAUCGCUAUCCGAUCUCCUGAUGUACCUCGUCCUACGUCCGACUGGCGAAUGCGAGGGCGCCAGCCUACGUAACGAACACGGUCCGAUCGUAGAAAAGGAUGAAACUACAGAUUCUAUAUCGAUAGAGAAUGACAAAACCAUACAAGAAGAUGAAUUGGAAGGAGCCGUUGGCGGUGAACCAUUGGAUGACAGUUAAUUUGUAAAUUUAUAAUACAAAAAUUUCUAUCGCUACCAAACCAAUAUUUCGCUCUAUUGCUCUUGAUACUUGUUCUACAGAAUAAUAUUUAUAGAAAUUACAAGAAGUAUCUUAGUAUAUAUCAUAUAGUAGUAUAUCAGUUAUUUGUCAAUUUUCGAGAUAAUUAAAAUAAUAUUAAAAACAAUUACUAUUGAAUCAAUUAGCGAUUGGAUUUUUUAAAAGAUAUUAAUCAAAUUGUCUAAAAUUAACUGUACUUAUUAAUUACCAAAUGACAAUGGCACUAACGUCCAUUAUAAAAAGGUGGACUAUGGAAAGUUUAUCGUAACCAUGGUUUCAAAUACAUAAGACCACGUUUUAUUUUAAGUAAUGGUCCUUUUCUCAAGACAUCUUAAAAAUCCAAAUAAUAUAAAAACACACACAUUUUUUAACACAUAAUAAUACUUUUACUAUAUUAGUAUUUACUAUAAUAGUAUUUGCAGUGUCAGACUCGUUUUGACGAUGUAAUUCAUAUCACAAUUUUUAUGUAUACUUACUGUUUGUUAUUUAGGAUUUUCUAAAGUUUUAUACUAAAGCAAUAUUGCUUGAUAAUAUACGGGAUAGUUCCGUAUCGUAUUGGUGUGCAAAUAUUAUCCAUUAGGGAUUCUAUAUUCACGGAUUAUGAAUAUAACUCUGAAGCUUAUUCAGUGCGGCUUCACCCUACCAACUGCCAAAUGUUUAAAUGUUGUUUCGAUGUAUUUAAAUCCACUAUAUAUAUCGUAUGACUCUAUUGGUAUAGUUAGAGAAACACGGACGAUUUAUCUAUCCUCUGAACAAAUAAUAUAAUAAUCAUUAGCCAGUUCAGGAUUAGUUCGUAAGACCUUGAUGUUACCCUAAAAAUUGCGUUUAAACAUCAUUUCGACCACCAACUUUCUAUUGAAUUUACAAAGGUCAACCUGACCCAUAUAAGCCGUGUGUAGUACUUAAGUAACUCGUAAAGAAUAUUCUGACCUCUGGUUGGCUAAUAUAUUUAAUAACAUUAUUUAGUGAGUAAUUUGCCGAUUUCAUCGCCUUUAGAUUUAGUUAACAUGUCAGUAUUCGGAAAAAACUAAUAUGCUUUAAAAAUGUAUGUGAUUUAGUAUUUCAAACUGAAUCCGCACUUCGAUUAAUCGGACAAUAUUUUUUCCUUCUACUGAUCAUUGAUUAUCUACCAUUUUCAAGACCAAAAACCCUUAUAACAUGAGGGAAAGAUUCCAUAUGGUCCGACUGGUCGGAGUAAACGGUCUGAGAUUGAUUCAAAAUUAUUUAAAAUGCCUUACGCCCGCUUUAUAUAUUCCAAAUAUUCAUUAUCAAUUUUGAUAUUUGGUACCUCUGUGUUCCUGUAGCAUAGAAUUUUCAAUAAAAAAAUUACGAUUUGUUACAUUUUAAAUGGUAUUUUGAAUAUACGACCCGGGCGUGUUGAUGACUAAAAAUACUAUCGAUACGUACAUUACCUGAAUAUAAAUUCCCCAUUUAAGUUGUAACAAAGGAAGUCAUAUUUUAAGAAAUUCUCACUUUAUAUUAAUUCGUCUAAGUUAGUUUGGGAUUAAUUUAAUAUAAGGUUCGAUAAGUGCGAAUGAUAACUUCUAGUGAUUUCGUAUGUGUAUAUUAAACACAAGUCCCAUAAUAAAUCUGUAUAUGCACAAACGUACAGUUAUAAAAGCAAGGCCCAUAAUAAAAAAUAUUUUCGUAACAUUUAAAAUCCAAAUUUCAUUAUUAAAUAUUAAAUUGUUAAAAAAAAAAUAUAAGUACUUGAUGCCACAAGAAAUAACGCUCAAUUUUCUAUCUAUAGUAAAUUUUGAUAAAGCUCAUAAUUUUCAUUUUUCGAUGUGGUUUUCUAUGCCACAAAUAUUUUUUAUAGAAAAACAACAAGCAUUUAUUAAAUUAACAUUUACAUUGAAAUUAUUUCUUGAUAGUAUUUUCUAUACUAGGGCACUUUAGUGACUCCUUCAUAUAUUCCUAUAAAAUUGUGUAAAAUCAUUUAUGUAUUUGAAAUAUCAUAUUAAAUAGUGUAGAUUUCAUAUAUUGUAUGUAGUUGCAUGACAUAUUUGUACUUGGCAUAUUAACAAGGAUUAACAUAUUGGUGCAAAACAAUAUAUGAAACUGGUGUUGUGAAAUAUAUUUUCUAGUUGUGAAUUAUCAAAUUAUGUAUUAAGGCAUAUAAAACGUACCUUCUACUGUUUGAAAAUUAUUAAAUGUAUGAACUUUUAGAUAAGCAGUUAACAAUUAGGUUAUACACAUAGACUUGCGCAUAAGUUUUCAAAGUUGAUUAGAACAAAAUCUUGGAUAAUCAAAAUUGUUUUGAACAAUUUUUGAAUAGCUUGCGUGCAAAUUACACGUAAAUGUGUGGUAUUUGUUAAAUUGUUGUGCCUCAUGUUACAGGACUCAUGAGAAUAUGAAAUUCUUUAGUUUUUAAGUUGUAUGACUAAACAUGUUUGAUCUUAAGAAUUAAAGCAUGAUUCCGUA